AUGGACAUUCUUGCAGAUAGCGGCUGUCAAAAGUAAGAAAAAUAACAAAUACGUCGUGUGAGUCGUGUGAUAUAAACGAUAGAUUUGCCACAAGAAUUAUUUAUUAAACUUUAUCGCAACUGCGGAAUAGCCUUUCGACAAUCUGUGCAAUCUGAUUUACAUCAUGCAUCGAGGACUCAAAUACAUUUCUGCCAUACUGUCGAAUCAGCGUAAGUGGGCUGUACAACGAUAUUCACCGCUCACUACAUUGCCAGCGCAGAAUCAACCCAAUUUAAAUGAAUUUAAAUUCCACAUUGGAUCAAAAUACGAGGGUUUCGUUUGCACUGAAGUGGAGCCCAUCCAGGAAUUCAAUAUGGUCGCGUACAUAUUCAAACACAUCAAACUGGGAUCGCUAUACCUACAUCUGGACCGUAACGACUCGAACAAUGUGUUUUCCAUAAACUUUCGAACCACUCCGUACGAUUCAACGGGACUGCCACACAUCCUUGAGCAUAACGUUCUCUGCGGAUCGGAACGUUUUCCCGUUCGUGAUCCAUUCUUUAAGAUGCUAAACCGAUCUAUGUCUACGUUUAUGAAUGCAAUGACCGGUCCCGAUUACACCAUGUACCCGUUCUCGAGCUGCAACGCAACUGAUUAUCGCAAUUUGCAGAAAAUUUAUGUGGACGCUGUGUUCAAGCCGAAUCUGGAGUAUUUGGACUUUUUGCAGGAGGGAUGGCGUUUGGAGAACAAAGAUUUGACCAAAAAGGAUUCCGAGUAUGUCAUCAAAGGGGUCGUUUACAAUGAAAUGAAAGGCGCGUUCUCCGAAACAUCGAACCUUUUUUCGUCGAAAUUUUUGAAUGAAAUUUUACCGGAUAACACCUACCAGCACUGUUCCGGUGGCGAGCCAUUAGUCAUACCUGAUUUGACGCACAAAGCGUUGGUAGAAUUUCAUCGAAAGUAUUACCAUCCCAGCAAUGCUCGCUUCUACAGCUACGGUAAUUUUUCGCUGCUGCCAACGUUGAAGUAUGUAAACGAGGAGUAUCUCAGUAAAUACGAGGCAAUAGAUCCGACGUACAGUAAAGUGCCGUCACAAAAACGAUGGAAUGAGUCGCGGACUAAGAAUAUUUUCGGAAGAUUUGAUGAGAUGGGCGCACCGGUGGAAAAACAGAAUCAAAUUGCUGUUGGAUAUCUGAUCAGCGAUGUCGCCAACGUAGAGGAAACAAUGCUGUUGCAUGUUCUGACUGAGUUGCUGUAUCGUGGUCCUAAUUCACGAUUUUACAAAAAUUUGAUCGAGCCAAACUUUUCCGGUGGAUACCAUUCCAUAACCGGUCUGGAAACCACUAUCAAAGACACAAUGUUUGUCGUUGGUUUACAGGAUGUGGACAAAAAUGAUUUUGAGAAAAUCGAACAAAUUCUUCACAAGACUAUCGAUGAAGUUGUCGCCGAGGGCUUUGACCCAGAUCAUGUCACCAGUGUCAUUAACAACUUCGAAUUAUCAUUGAAACAUCAAUCGGCCCGGUUUGGACUUUCCCUGCUGUUUAAUCUAACGGCCGCCUUAAAUCAUGAGGCCGACAUCAUUCAAUCCCUUCGAUUCGAUGAAACACUCAAGAAGAUCCGAAGCAAUAUCGACAAGGACCCGGAGUACCUUCAGAAGAAGGUCAAGGAAUACUUUAAAGAGAACUGCCACAAACUGACGAUGACUAUGACUCCGGAUAUGGAAUUCGAGAAAAAGUUCAGUGAGAAGGAGGAACAACUGAUCCAACAGAAAGCCAAUGAAUUAUCGGAAGAUGAGAAGGACAGGCUGUUCAGAGACUGUCAAAGUUUGGCCGAUGCUCAGAAAAAGCAAGAAAAUUUGGACAUUCUUCCCUGUUUGAAGUUGAGCGAUGUCAUCGAACCGCCUCUUCCGUUUCAGGUGGAAUUUGCAAAGAUCGGCGGCAUUGACACACAAAUCGUGACUACAAGCACGAAUAAUGUCACGUACGUACAAGGUUUGUACAAUGCUUGCGGGAUAGUUCCCGAAAAUAGACCGAUAUUGCCACUGCUUGCUUGUGUAAUCGAUCAAAUGGGAACGGCGACCUACGAUUACAGAACGUUCGACAAAUAUGUGCAUUCCAUUUCGUCAGGAAUCAACUUUUCCGUUCAUUCAGCUGAGACCAUAGACAAUGUGAUGGCCUACAAUCUUGGAUUCAUGUUCCGAUCAUACUGUUUGGAGCAAAAUAUUCCGAAAAUGUUCGGAAUCAUAAACGAUCUGUUCACCAAAUUUGAUUUCACCGACGUUCAACGCUUUGAAAUGUUGCUGGGAAAUUAUUUAUCGGAUCUUACCGUCGGUAUUGCAAAUUCAGGACAUAUGUAUGCCAUGAAAGAAGCGUCAGGGUUGAUCACCCAAUCAGCAAAUCUGUCAGCGAAGCUCUACGGCAUCGAACACAUCACGUACAUCAAGAAUUUAAUUCAGAACCGAAAGCCGAACGAAAUUCUAGACUUACUGAGUUCAACAGCCACCCAGCUGUUUCGUAAAGGCAAUUUGAAAUGUUCUCUGAACACAUCAGAAGCCAUACUUCAGCCGUGCAUGGAGGAAUACGAGAAAUUUAUUCGUACCACCGUUAAACCAGAACAAAUUCCAGUACCAUCAGCUAUUUCAUCCGGUCUAUUACCGUCAUCCAGUGUACUUAAUGUAAUGUCGAUACCAGUGAAUUUUACUGCAAAGUCCAUUUUUACCGUUCCGUACAUGCAUGAAGACAGUGUUCCACUUCAAGUACUCGGAAAAAUUCUGUCGGCAAAAUAUUUACUGAAAGUCGUUAGAGAACAGAAUGGUGCCUAUGGAGCUGGUGCCAAAUUGGGCAAGGAUGGUAUGUUCAGCUUUUUCAGCUAUCGUGACCCGAAUACGGUGAAAACUUUCGAAAUAUUCGAUCAAUCGGCCAAUUGGAUCCGGGAAAAUUCGAAGACAAUCGACGAUCAGACGCUAUUUGAAGCGAAACUAGGCGUUUUGCAGGCUCUCGAUGCUCCGGUGGAGCCUGGUUCCAAAGGACAGGAUGUUUUCAAGUACGGUCUGACGCAAGAAAUGGCAAACAGAGUUCGAUCAAAUGUACUGAAUGUCAGUCACGAUGACUUAAUGCGAGUGACCGAAUUGUAUUUGAGUAAAGACAAUAUACCAACCGGCCGCUAUGUAUUGGGUCCGAAGAGCGACGAUUUGAAAGCGGCUGGAUUCGUAAUCAAUCAACGCGAACACGAGUAGAACGUAGAUUUAGUGAAUUCCUGUUGGUCCGUUUUGUUAAUAAAAUAGUUGUUUCAGCGAA